CGCACUCACUCAUACACACAACCGAGCUCUCACGCGCAGCCGGUCGGUCUGUCGGUCGCUGUGCGCUGUCCACGCGGUGGCGAGAGGAAACGGCAGGUGUCAGACUCGGUUCUGAUAAGCUUUUUUGCAGAGCUUCCUCCUUAAAACAGCAAAUCGAUCCGCUCGGAUGAUAUAGGCAGACAAGACGUGCACGCUGCCAAAAUUGCUUCAUUUGCAGGACGGAUUUGAAUUGCUUUUUUCUUUUGGCGGUGUGAACUUUACCACCCUCCCUUGUUCCUGACCCUGACCUUGUGACCCCAGGCUACUAGGACAUCGUGAUUGAGGAGGCCACCAUGAGUCAGGAGGGGCAGGAUGACCCCCUCCACACAGGCACCCCACCUCCAGAUAUACCCCCAGCACCUGAGGGAGAAGAGGAUGCUGAUGGCUCUAAGGCUAAAAAUUUGGAGCCCUGUAAUGGACCAAAGACAGAGGACAAGCAUCAAGGUGAAGCAGAAGACAGAGAAACAGAGAGCAACAGAAAUACACAGUCCAGUACAAAGGAGGAUGAGAAGGUGACAUUAGAAGAGGAAGGUAGAAAUGGUGAGAUUGAGGGCAGUUGCUUGGAUCCUGUAACAGAAAACGGUAACAGGGAUAUCUGUGAAGGUGAAGACACACAGUCGCUGCUGCCUCAGAGCCCAGAAAAGGACUUAACUAAGCCCCUGUGCUCUCUAAGGUUUGAGAACGGGACCGAAGAUGACAGCGAAGGGCAGGAGGAUGAAGAGGAGAUCCUGGAAGAGUCUUCAGUGCAGGGGAACCUAGAUGCCUUCAGUUCCACAUUUGAGCUCUCCGUAGAGGAAGCGGAUGCUGAGGUAGAGGACGAAGAAGAAAAAGAGGAAAGUGAGACUCGAAAUCAGGACAGUCUCAGCUCUACGUUUGAGAGCAUUGUUGAGAAGGUCGCCAAGACCACGGCUGUGGAAGAGGAGGUGGAGGACGACAGAGAGGAAGAGUAUGACAGGACAAAAGAGAGCCAGGAUGGUUUCAGCUCCACAUUUGAGCGCAUCGUCGAGUCGGAACUUCUGAGAGGCGGAACUUGCUACAGCAGUUUGGAUUCUCUGGACGUGCUGUCGCUCACCGAUGAGACGGACAGCUGCGUCAGCUUCGAGGCGCCACUCACCCCUCUCAUACAGCAGAGGGCCCUAAUGGGCCCUGAACCUCCAGAUCUGGAGCUGGAGACUGUGCAGGAAGGGGCUGAGGGCGAGGCAGAGCUGGGCACAGAGACGGCAAGGGAUGAAGCCAGCUCUGCAAGUCCACUACGGAUCACUAUACCAGGAAGUAGGUCGGAAAAUGUCUUGAGCCAGCCGGCACAAUGGAGCAUCCCUAAUGGAUUCCAUAUUGAGUUACGUGGAAAUCGAGAGAGUGGAGCAACAAUGCCAAACUCUAUCAGCGAUGCCAACCUCACAGAUGUGCUGUGCGACUCAGACUCCGAGUUGGGCAGCGUGGACACGCUGGAGAGGGGUAGCACAGAUACUCUUGCCAAUGGCUGCCGCAUCGAUGCAGAUGCUGCCAAACGACUGGCCAAGCGACUGUUCUAUCUGGAGGGCUUCAAGCGCUGUGACGUGGCACGACACCUGGGCAAGAAUAAUGAAUUCAGCCAGUUGGUGGCAUCAGAGUACUUGAGCUUCUUUGACUUCACUGGGUUGUCAUUAGACAGAGCGCUGAGGAACUUCUUGAAGGCAUUUCCUCUGAUGGGAGAGACGCAGGAGAGAGAACGUGUGCUGGUGCACUUCUCCAAACGCUUUUGCCACUGUAACCCAGAAGCUCUCACCUCAGAGGAUGGUGCUCACACGCUGACCUGUGCACUUAUGCUUCUUAACACAGACCUACAUGGACACGUGAAUAUUGGGAAGAAGAUGUCUUGCCAGCAGUUCAUUAGCAAUCUGGACGGCCUCGACGAUGGCAAAGAUUUUCCCAAAGAAUUGCUCAAGGUGCUCUAUAACUCAAUAAAGAAUGAGAAGCUGGAGUGGGCGAUCGAGGAAGAGGAGUUGAGGAAGAGUCUAUCGGAGCUGGUGGAGGAGCAGUGUGAGGCGGGGGGGAAGCGGGUUGUCAGGGUAACGGAUGGCAGUAACCCUUUCAUCGCCAUUCCUCUUUUACUCAAUGCUGUGACGUACAAACACGGGGUUCUGACACGCAAAAGCCAUGCAGACAUGGAUGGCAAGCGCACCCCAAGAGGACGCAGAGGCUGGAAGAAGUUUUAUGCCGUGCUGAAGGGGAUGAUUCUCUACCUGCAGAAAGAUGAGUAUAAGCCUGAUAAAGACCUGUCAGAGGUGGACCUGAAGAAUGCAGUACGGGUUCACCAUGCUCUUGCUACUAGGGCCUGUGACUACAGCAAGAGACAGAACGUCCUCAAACUCAAGACUUCUGACUGGAGGGUCUUCCUACUGCAGGCCCCGAGUGAAGAGGAGAUGAUGUCAUGGAUUUUCAGGAUUAAUCUAGUUGCGGCUCUUUUCUCGGCUCCCGCUUUUCCUGCCGCCAUCGGCUCCAUGAAGAAAUUCUGCAGACCGCUGCUGCCAUCAUCCACCACUAGACUCAACCAGGAGGAGCAACUGAAGUCCCAUGAGAACAAACUGAAGCAGAUCUCUCUGGAGUUGGAGGAACACAAGAGAAGCCCUCCGGAUCUGACACCCAAGAGCAAAGAAUCAGAAGAGUAUCGAAUCAAAGAGCACUAUUUAACCUAUGAGAAAUGUCGCUAUGAGACAUACGUCAGCCUCCUGCAGGCCAAGUUCCGCGUGGGAAGUGACGACUUGGAUAAGAUUGAAGCCAGUUUGUUUAGCGGGGAGGGGAAAGAAGGUUACCUGCGCAAAACUCAGUCUAGCCCUUCAAUCAGCCAAGGUCAGGGGGUCAAUGGACGGGCCGGUCAUAAACACACCCCAGAGCACAAUAGCUGAAGAGCCUUCUUUGACCUCUGAACUCAUGUAACAGACUCCUGUCUGACUCCGACUGCAGUGGUUUUUCAACUGAGAGAAAUACAAACGUAGCAGUAUAAUAUCCUUAUUAUUUCAAUGUACAGUAAAUUUAUUAUGACCAUUAUAUGUAUUAUUAAUAUUAUUACUACAACAAUAAACAUUGUUAAUAAUGCUAUGAAUAUUAUUAUGUGCCAAAUAUGAAAAAAUGAGGAGACCAAGACUGUAUAAGUGGGAAGAAAUGACAACACUGCAUAUACUGUCGAGAGAAAGUGAACUGCAGCAUCACAAAUGUGUUUUGCAAGAUGCACUGUGACAUGCAGCCACGUUGUGAUGUCAUUUAGAACUUUACUAUGACAUCACAUUGUCACUCAAAGAUUUUAAUUUAGAUUAAAGGGACAGUUCACCCAAAAAAUUUAAUUCUGACAUCUUACCCUUACAAACCUCUAUGAUUUUCUUUCUUCUGUCAUUAAAAAAGGUAUUUUGAAGAAUGUUGGAGGAAUGGUGGAGGCCAAAAUUCAACAUCAGACCCCACUUCUUUUCAUUGUAUUGUCAAAAAAAACACUGUCUGAGACAUUUUCCAAAAAUAUCUUCUGCUGUGGAAAGAAUGUCAUAUACUUUUUUGUGUAUUUCAUUUUCAGUUUCAAUUUUGGGAGAAUUGUCCUUUUAGGAACCAUGUUAUGAAGACAAAAAAGGCUUAUGAUAUCACAAAGAAACAAUGUGAUGUUUUAAGAAUUUAAAUGUGACGUAAUUUUUUUAAUGUUAAAAUCUCAGUUUAAUAUGCAGAGACAACAAUGACUUUGAAGUAAAUAUUAUUUCCCUCAAAAUAAGUUUGACCAGCCUGACAUGACAGUAGUACAACCAAUAGCAUCAGUUUGGGGUGGGACUGUCAGUUUGACCAAUGGCAGACAGGGAGUGUUCUGAAAAUCAGUUUGAAAAGUUGUUGCAAUUCCUUAGUGGUGCAGAAAUGAAACACUUUACUUUUAAAUAAUUCAUGACAUCACUUAGCAGUGUUUGACAUUCUUUAUGACAUCACAAUGUGUCUAUCCUAAGGCUGCGGUAAUGGCUUCCUGAUUGACAGGUCUAGUUUAGAUGUAGCAUUUGAUGUACUUAUGAGACGUUCACAGUAUCAGCCUCACGAAGUAGCCAGUUUAAGGGCUUUGCCAUGCGCUGGGGUACAUGUAAAGAUUUAUGUGGGCUGUCUGUAGUGUUAUACAACUACCCCUUUGUAAUUAUUUAUUAUAUUUAUGAAUUGUAAAUUUAUUUCUCUUUUUGGACCCAAUAUAGUGGACUACGGGAAGACGAUUGUAAAGAUGAAUACAUUUGACCCUUGAUUAGUUUAACCCACAGCAUUGUUUUUUUUGUUUUUGUUUUUUAACUCCUUUAACUGAGGAGCUGAUGGUUGAUAAUGGAUCCAUGGAUAUAACGGAUGUUAGAAAGUGCAGUGACUUAACACGGGACAGGGUAUGUAAUUGUAUGCGCACAAGCAAGGAAAGCUGAGUCUGAGUAUGCAAUGAAGAAGAGGAAAAACAUUUCGGACUUAAAGUGACACCCUCAUUUUCUCUAUUCAGUGGACCACAAAACCUCUAUGUGUCUCUAUGUGCCUGCAGAAAAUUCAGCCUGGACUGAACAUUGAGCAGCAGGACUGCAAACAACAUGUAAUGAAUCAGCCUCUUCAUCUGAAUCACUGUAGCCAACCCAAAUGUCUCAAUCCUGGAAAAGUGUCACUUUUGAAGAAGAUAGUUGUUCAUGAGCCACCAAAUAGGACCCUGAAACUUAACGGUACAAACUUUGAGCAAGUACAAGUAGAUUUUUAUAGUUUUAUGUAAAGCAUGAGGACAAUGAAAAUGAGAGAAUGAGCUUUUGGCUCUUUUAUGCUUUAUGGAUGUUGGAGUGACGUAAGAGCUGCAAUUUUAUACAUUCUUAGUAAUGGCUUUCUUAAAGGGACCACUAUAGCCUACUUUUCGCUUUGGCUGUUGUGCUAACAUGAUUUUCCCGUUUAGGGUAGAACUCAGACGCUGUUGUAAUAAAAGAUUGUGAUGAUUAUUUAUCUCCCACGUGGAAGGAAUCCAUGUGUUUCAUCUCAUUUAAAGACUCCUUAUUUCUGCUACACAGGUUAGGAACUCAUUUGCUAAGUGUUUCGUUAAUUAUUUCUUAUAAAACUGGAAUAUCAUUGAA